CAACAGAUGCUGCAGCAAAGGUUGUCAUUGCUGGCCUGACUGCACGCUUCCGUGGCCUGGCUGCACGCUUCAGUGCCCCGGCAAUUGUGGGCAGCAGUGGCCUGGCAGCUGUGGGCUGCGUUGGUCUGGUGGCUGUGGGCUGCGGUGUGAAAUAUUGUGCUCACCGGCUGAAUUCAGAUAUUGGGGUGCGUAGUGAUGUGGUAAUAGUUCCAGUGGAAGAACUUUGUGUGCAGUAUACCGACAAUGGGUCCAAGUCCAAGGAGGAUUAAUUGUCAUUGUCCAAGUAUAGACUUAUUAUCUCUCUUUACUAUUGGAAAAGACUCCUUAAAAAUUGCUUACAAGUAUUAAAGGUUGAUGGAUGGUGUGCACCAUCUGCUAUUUACCUGGAGAUUGUUGUGAUAUUUGUGUUAAGUGGAUGGAACCAAAUGUUGUUCUCGGUUUUAUUGUACAUCUUUGUUGUAUAAUGGAUUAAGAUCAUCACCUUUGAACAAAACCAUGGCACAGCCAGGGAAGCCACCACCACUCCAUGUUGUAACCCCAAAGAAGCAGGCUUUGAUCAAUGCAGUUGGUGGAUCACCCAACUACAUGAAGUCCACCAACAGCUCAGAGGCAAAGAAGGAGAAUUCUCAACUUCGUGAUCCAACAUUGUUGAAGCCUUCAGCUGCUUCCACACCUGAAGGGUGUUUGCUCAGGAAAACACUCCGAUACUCAAAGGGAGGCAUGGCUAUCUUCAUUAAAAUAUAUGCCAAGAAAAAGGGAAGUGUUGCUGAGGCAAAUGAAGGAACCACACACAAGGACUUGGAGAGUACCAUAGAAUCUGAAGAGAACAAGUUCUUUUCUGGAGGUAUUGAUGGAGGAGCACUAAGAGAAGAUGGUAAACAAGUUUUAGAUAAUCUAUCUGAAGGCACACCACAUUCUGAAAUCGAUUUUGAUGAAAUUAAUUCAAAAAUGAAGAAUGAUGCAGAUGACUAUUCAUUACCAAUUUUGGCUAGAGAAGUAUCAACUACAAGGAGCCUUAAAAAUGCUUAUGACUUUGAAGGAGAAUGUCAUUUAAGAAUUGAAACAGACGAUAACUUUGCCAUGAGCAUGGAAAUUGAAGGUUUAUUAGAAGAACCCAAGAUCAGCUUAAAUGACAAAAUAAACAAUCCUAGUAAGAAGAUUUUGUUUGAUGGAGUGGUAGAGCAAGAAGACUCUAAAAAAGAUAGUGCACAUAAUGAUUACUUUAGCCAAGUUUCAUGCACAUUGGAUUGUGAACAAGUUUCCUCUACAAAAGAUGUUUUUGAUGCAUCAGCAGCAAUGGAGGAGGAAGAAGAAGCUCAAGAAUACUUAAUUGGCAUCAUGAUCAUUGCAGAUUUGACAAAGGUGCAACUACUUGAGGAGAAAGUAUGGGAGAAUGAAGUUGUUAAAACAGAUAAAAUGUUACCUAAGCUGCUAAAAACAAUGCCAGAGGAUUAUAAUCUCAAUCUAGCAGAGGAACUUCCUGGUGCAAAGGAUGGAGCUGGAAUGGAAAAGGAGGUAGCUGAAACUGAGCUGUUUGCUAGGAACCAAAUUUCUGACUCAUCCCAAAAUUUCUCUAGAGCUGAUGAAAUUGAUGAUGAGGUGGAUAACAACCAAUAUAAUAAGAAGGUAGAAGCUUGCCCAGUUGAUAACAAUGUUGAAGAAAGAUAUUCAAUUCAAGAUAUUGCAAAUGAAAGCCAUUCUGCCAGGAGUCAAGAUCAUGUGUUAGAUGGCCAAGGCCAACAUGAGAGCACAAAUGUUGUAGAGAAUACAGGUUUCUUGGAGAAAGGUCAGGACAAAGCAAAGGAAUGUAAAAUACCAAGUUCCAUGGAAUUUGACAAGGAGAAGAAUUCAAGGAUGCAUAAAAUCCAUUUAGUUGAAGAAAGUACAAAACCUGAGAAAAUGGAAGCUGAAGCAAGUAAUGGAUCAGAUGUAGUAGAAAUAUUUGGCACAGCAAGUGAUAUAAGCAACCAAGAAUUAGAAAGCACACUCUCCCUCAUAGGAAGCAAAAUGAGCCAAGAACUGCUUGGAACCUAUAAAUACAGAAAAUGGACAAUCACAUACAAGAGGCAACAUGAGAAUUCAGAGGGGCAAAGCAAAUUCAACCCACGAGAACCAAAUUUCUUGCCUAUUGUUCCAGAACCAGAUGUAGAAAAAGUUGAUCUCAAGCAUCAGAUGAUUGAUGAAAGGAAAAAUUCAAAGGAGUGGAUGUUGGAUUAUGCACGCAGACGGGCUGUAACAAGACCUGCUCCAGCUAGAAAGACUGAAAGAGGAAGGUGGCAUUACUUGUUGAAGCUUUUGAAAUAGUUAUGGCAGCACCUUUUGUUCAUGGAAGACUCAUUCAAGCUUGUAGUUGAUGCAGGUUGUUCAGGUAAUUUAAAAUAGCAUCACUAUUUUCUGCUCACAGAUUCCAUUACCAUUACUGGAUUAUGCGAAUGAAAUUUUUAAUAGAUG